UUUCUAAAGGAUAGUAUUUAGUUUCACAAUGUUUGGGGACCUAUUUGAAGAGGAUUAUUCCAGUGUGUCAAAUAAUCAGUAUGGAAAAGGGAAGAAAUUAAAGACUAAAGCUUUGGAGCCACCUGCUCCCAGAGAAUUCACCAAUUUAAGUGGAAUCAGAAAUCAGGGUGGAACCUGUUACCUCAAUUCCCUUCUUCAGACUCUUCAUUUCACACCUGAAUUCAGAGAAGCUUUAUUUUCUCUUGGCCCAGAAGAACUUGGUUUUUUAGAGGAUAAGGAUAAACCAGAUGCAAAGGUUCGAAUCAUACCUUUGCAGUUGCAGCGCUUGUUUGCUCAGCUUUUGCUGUUAGACCAGGAAGCUGCAUCCACAGUGGAGCUCACCAACAGCUUCGGGUGGACUAGCGAUGAGGAAAUGAGACAACAUGAUGUGCAGGAACUGAAUCGAAUUCUCUUCAGUGCUUUGGAAACUUCUUUGGUUGGGACCUCUGGCCAUGACCUCAUCAAUCGUCUGUAUCAUGGAACCAUUGUUAACCAGGUUGUUUGUAACGAAUGUAAGAACAUCAGUGAGAAGCAGGAAGACUUCUUAGAUCUAACAGUAGCAGUCAAAAACGUAUCUGGUUUGGAAGAUGCACUCUGGAACAUGUAUGUAGAAGAGGAAGUUUUUGACUAUGACAACUUGUACCAUUGUGGAACUUGUGACCGGCUGGUUAAAGCAGCAAAGUCGGCCAAAUUGCGCAAGUUGCCUCCUUUUCUUACUGUCUCAUUACUAAGAUUUAAUUUUGAUUUUGUGAAGUGUGAACGCUACAAGGAAACUAGCAGUUACACAUUCCCUCUCCGGAUCAAUCUCAAGCCUUUUUGUGAGCAGAGUGAAUUAGAUGAUUUAGAAUAUAUAUAUGACCUCUUCUCAGUCAUUAUACACAAAGGUGGCUGCUACGGAGGACAUUAUCAUGUAUAUAUUAAAGAUGUUGAUCAUCUGGGAAACUGGCAAUUUAAACAGGAAGAAAGUAAGCCAGAUAUGAAUUUGAAAACUCUUCAAAAUGAAGAGGAGAUUGAUGAUCCAUUGGUGAUACUACAAGCAGUCAUAUUACAGGAGGAGAAUAAUCUAAUAUCUGUUGAUCAACUGGGCCAGAAACUGUUGAAAAAAAUGGGAAUGUCUUGGAACAAGAAGUACAGAAAACAGCAUGGGCCACUGAGAAAGUUCUUGCAGCUGCAUUCUCAGAUGUUCCUUCUAAGUUCAGAUGGAAGCACAGUUAGUCUACUGAAGAAAGAUCCUGUCCAGUCUAAGUCUGACUUCCAAAGUACUGAUCAACAGAGUUUCCACUCACUGGCUUUAGAAGCCCCAGGAUUAAGCGAUAGCACUGCCUGUUCCCACUGGUUUGAUAUAAAUGACUCUAAAGUUCAACCAAUCCAGGAGAAAGAUAUCGAACAGCAAUUUCAGGGCAAAGAAAGCGCCUACAUGUUGUUUUAUCGGAAAUCCCAGUUGCAGAGACCCCCUGAAGCUCUAGCUAACCCAAGAUACAGGGUCCCCUGUCACCUGCUGAAAGAAAUGGAUGCAGCCAACAUUGAACUGAAAGUGAAAAGGGCAGAAUGUGAUUCUGCAAACAAUGAUUUUGAAUUGCAUCUUCACCUGGGCCCUCAUUAUCGUUUCUUCAAUGGGGCUCUGCACCCAGUAACCUCUCAGGCAGAAAGUGUGUGGGAUUUGACCUUUGACAAAAGAAAAACUUUAGGAGAUCUCCGACAGUCAAUAUUUCAGCUACUAGAAUUUUGGGAAGGAGACAUGGUUCUUAGUGUAGCAAAGCAUGUACCAGCAGGACUUCACAUUUAUCAGACACUCGAUGGAGAUGAACUGUCGCUGUGUGAAGUUGACAUUGCUGAUGGGGAAGACAUCUUUGUAUGGAAUGGAAUAGAGGUUGGAGGAGUCCAGAUUGAGACUGGGAUUGACUGUGAGCCUCUGCUGUUAAACAUUCUUCAUCUGGAGUCAAGUGGUGAAGGCAAGAAGCGUGGGCGACUGAUAGAAUCGCCACAUGUCUUUCCUGCUAAUGCGGAAGUGGGUACUGUGUUCACAGCUGCGGCCAUCCCAGCAGGCAUCAUCCUUGUGAACAGCACCAGGUCUGCAGAUGAAGAGAGCUGGACCGCUGUGCCCGAGGAAGACAUGAAGAAGACGUUCAGAGAGCAGGGGCUCAGAAACGGAAGCUCCAUUCUAGUUCAGCCUCCUAAUAGUGAGGAUAGGAGUGUGUUGCCCAAAGAAGGGAAGUGGAUGAAUGGUAUGAAUGAGAUCGACUGGAUCCAGGUUAAAAAUUUAUGCCAGCUAGAAUCUGAACAAAAGCAAGUUAAAAUAUCAGCAACUGUUCACACAGUGGUGUUUGAUAUUCGAAUUAAAGCCAUAAAGGAAUUAAAAUUAAUGAAGGAACUAGCUGAGAACAGCUGUUUGAGACCUAUUGAUAGAAACGGGAAGCUCCUUUGUCCAGUGCCAGAUGGUUCCACUUUGAAGGAAGCAGAAGUGAAGAUGGGGAGUUCUUUGGGACUGUGUCUUGGAAAAGCACCAACUUCCUCUCAGCUGUUCCUGUUUUUUGCUUGGGGGACUAAUAUUCAACCUGGGACAGAGAUGGAGGUCAUAGUAGAAGAAACAUUGUCUGUGAAAGAUUGUUUAAAGAUAAUGCUUGAGAAAUCUAGUCUGCCAGGAGAUGCGUGGCAUUUAAGAAAAAUGGACUGGUGCUAUGAAGCUGGGGAGCCAUUAUGUGGAGAAGAUGCAACACUGCAAGAGCUUAGGAUAUGUUCUGGAGACACAUUGCUUUUAAUUGAAGGAAAACUUCCUCUUCCGGGUUUUCUGAAGGUGCCCAUCUGGUGGUACCAGCCUCGCGGUCACUCAGGACACUGGGAGAGUCAAGACCAGCCUUGUACCUCUUCUCAAGGCAACGGCUGGAGAGCUGCUAGCACCCAAGGUGCCCCUGGCCAUGUGCCUGCGGAAGUUUCUCUCGUCUACUUGGGAGAUGUGGAUAUCUCAGAAGAUGCUGCUUUGGUGGACCUGAAAUCUCAGGCCAGAGCCUUAACCCCUUCCUCAGAGCUUGCUGUCCCUGCCCCAGCCCUCCUCAGAGCCUGGACGGUGGAGAGCAGGCGCCCUGGCAGGCUCUUACGCACUGACCGGCAGCGGCUCAAGGAAUAUAAACUAGGACGGAGACCCGAGAUCUGCCUGGAGCCCCUUCAGGAGGAGGAGCAGCUGGGCCCCCAGGACGUACUGCUGAGGACGCAGAUGCGCAUCCCUGAGGAGAGGGCCUACGCCCCUGCUGUGGACUUGGUGUGGGACACCGCCCGAGGCUGGACCACCGGCUCCCUGAGGCAGAGAGUGGCCGAUUUCUAUUCUCUUCCUGUGGAGAAAAUUGAAAUUGCCAAAUACUUCCCUGAAAAAUUUGAGUGGCUUCCUAUAUCUAGCUGGAACCAGCAAAUUACCAAGAGGAAAAAGAAGAAAAAGCAAGAUACUUUGCAAGGGGCACCCUAUUACUUGAAAGAUGGAGACAUUAUUGGUGUUAAGAACCUUCUGGUCGAUGACAGUGACGACUUCAGCACAGCCAGAGACGAUGCUGAGAAAGAGAAGCAGGAGCUGCUACCUCGGGGGAAGAGGGACAGCCAAGAAGUCCUUUGUGCACACAGCAGUGAUGUCUCCAGUGCAGGGACACCUGCCCAGCCCCGAGGACCAGAAGCUUCUCUGUCUAUUCACGUUGGGAGCUUCAGAUAGUGCUUGCAACAGGAUGUGUCCCAGCACAGUACCCAGGCUCUGCACAAGGCCAGCUAACCAUCAGUGCCUUAGAAGCAGGAGAGUGGUUUGUGGGCGA